AUGCCGUAUGAGCCUGGGUCCAAAGGGCUCUGUGUUGAGAUAUGGCCGCACGACAUCAUCCGGACUAUCUACGGCAUCUGCAUCAUGCUGAUCCAGUACUUCAUACCAUUGGUCAUCAUGGCAGUGUCCUACAUCCACAUCGGAGUCAUCAUCUGGGUGAAGCGAAUUCCGGGUGAGGCCAAUAUACGGAGAGACAAACGCCUCGCUACGUCUAAAAAUAAGACAAUUAAAAUGAUCAUUGUUGUUGUGGUAGCUUACCUGGUGUUAUGGUUACCGUUACACGUGAUUACAAUCGUAGGAGACGUGGACCAAUCCAUUUUUGACUACAAUUACGUACAUGUGAUGUGGCUGACUGCACAUUGGCUAGCGUUCAGCAAUUCGGGAGUCAAUCCAGUUAUCUAUUUUUGGAUGAAUUCAAAAUGUCGACACAAAGUGCUGUUCUGUCGUCAUGUGGUUCGUUGCUGUCCUGGGAAACACAGGGCGCGCUCGGUUUCCGGAAUAAUUGCGACACGUUACAAGGAAGUUAAAGGGACCAAAGUGGCGGAGCCCAUCUUUGUCUCGAUCCGUUGGUUUGAUCAGUAA